AUGCAAGAAGAGAAAACAAGUAUAGAAAAUGGUCUGUCUAAUCAGUCUAACAGAAAGGCAGAAAUACCCAUUGACGCUGCUGGGUCCCUCCGGGAUACCAGUACCCCUUCAUCGAUAUCAGAUGAUAGGCGCGCCAACCUGCAAGAUAGUACAUGGCACACACCAAAACUUCCUAAGUUUAUUAAAAAGCCUUUGAAAUAUUUGGCAAAAAAGAGAAGAACAUUAAAUACAGGAUUGAAUAGUCAUCGUUUCCGAGUCGCACAAGUAUCAAACGCAGUGAUAGACAAGGUGGAUAAUGAAAGAUUCACUCUACUGUACAAAGCAACCUUAGAAGGUAACCUCAAAGAGGUUAAGGAUCUUAUUUCACAAGGAGCAAACAUUGACAAACCAAGUAAAGCAGGGCUUCGUCCCAUUCAUGCGGCAGCUCAAAGAGGACAUGUGGAUAUCCUGGAUAUCCUGAUCCUGAACGGAGCGGAUCCUAGUGUUGAAUGUGACAUGGGUCAGACACCUCUUCAUGAUGCAGCAAUGAAUGGAAACACUGGCAUCAUAGAAAAUCUUUUUGCAAAAGGGGUUGAUGUAGACAAGGGAGAUAGAAGAGGUUGGACACCAUUCAAUGCUGCCAUUCAAUACGGUCAUCUAGAAGCUGUCAAAUGUCUCAUGGAUAAAGGAGCCAAGCGGAACAGGUAUGGUGGAGCUACCCCUCUCUAUUUUGCAGCUGAAUUCGGUCAUUUCGAUAUCGUGGAAUACUUCAUUUCCAAUGGCGCUGAUGUGAAUGAAGAACAUGAUGCUGGGAUGAUACCUCUACAUGGAGCUGCUAGUAGAGGCCAUCUAGAUAUCAUGGAGUAUCUCAUUGAGUUAGGGUCAGAUGUCAACAACGCUGAUCCAAAGGGAUGGACACCAUUCAAUGCUGCUAUUCAAUACGGUCAUCUAGAAGCUGUCAAAUAUCUCAUGUAUAAAGGAGCCAAGCAGAACAGGUAUGGUGGAGCGACCCCACUCUUUUUUGCAGCUGAAUUCGGUCAUUCAGAUAUCGUGGAAUUCUUGAUUUCUAAUGGCGCUGAUGUGAAUGAAGAAGAUGAUAAUGGGAGGAUUCCUCUCCAUGGAGCUGCUUUUAGCGGUAAUAUGAAGAUCAGCGAAUAUCUCAUUCAACAAGGGUCUAAUGUGAACAAAGGUUAUCCAAAUGGCUGGACACCAUUCAACGCUGCCAUUAAAUACGGUCAUCUAGAAGCUGUCAAAUAUCUCAUAGAUAAUGGAGCCAAGCAAAACAGGUAUGGUGGAGCGACCCCACUCUAUUUUGCAGCUGAAUUCGGUCAUUCAGAUAUCGUGGAAUUCUUGAUUUCUAAUGGCGCUGAUGUGAAUGAAGAAGAUGAUAAUGGGAUGAUUCCUCUUCACGGUGCUGCUAUCAGUGGUAAUAUGAAGAUCAUGGGAUUUCUCAUCCAACAAGGUUCUGAUGUGAACAAAGGUUAUCCAAAUGGCUGGACACCAUUCAACGCUGCCAUUAAAUACGGUCAUCUAGAAGCUGUCAAAUAUCUCAUAGAUAAUGGAGCCAAGCAAAACAGGUAUGGUGGAGCGACCCCACUCUAUUUUGCAGCUGAAUUCGGUCAUUCAGAUAUCGUGGAAUUCUUGAUUUCUAAUGGCGCUGAUGUGAAUGAAGAAGAUGAUAAUGGGAUGAUUCCUCUUCACGGUGCUGCUAUCAGUGGUAAUAUGAAGAUCAUGGGAUUUCUCAUCCAACAAGGUUCUGAUGUGAACAAAGGUGAUCCAAAUGGCUGGACACCAUUCAACGCUGCCAUUAAAUACGGUCAUCUAGAAGCUGUCAAAUAUCUCAUAGAUAAUGGAGCCAAGCAAAACAGGUAUGGUGGAGCGACCCCACUCUAUUUUGCAGCUGAAUUCGGUCAUUCAGAUAUCGUGGAAUUCUUGAUUUCUAAUGGCGCUGAUGUGAAUGAAGAAGAUGAUAAUGGGAUGAUUCCUCUUCACGGUGCUGCUAUCAGUGGUAAUAUGAAGAUCAUGGGAUUUCUCAUCCAACAAGGUUCUGAUGUGAACAAAGGUGAUCCAAAUGGCUGGACACCAUUCAACGCUGCCAUUAAAUAUGGUCAUCUAGAAUCUGUCAAAUAUCUCUUAGAUAAUGGAGCCAAGCAAAACAGGUAUGAUGGAGCGACCCCUCUCUAUUUUGCAGCUGCAUUCGGUCAUCUAGAUAUCGUGACAUUCUUCGCUCUAAAUGGUGCUGAUGUGAAUGAAGAAGAUGAUGAUGGGAUGAUUCCUCUUCAUGGUGCUGCUGGUAGAGGCCAUCUAGAUAUCAUGGAAUAUCUCAUUCAACAAGGAUCAGAUGUGAACAAGGCUGAUUCAGAGGGUUGGACACCAUUCGAUGCUGCCAUUCAAUACGGCCAUUUAGAAGUUGUCAAAUAUCUCAUAGAUGAAGGAGCGACACAGAACAGAUAUGAUGGAAUGACUCCACCGUUUGCAGCUUCAUAUUUUGGUCACUUAGACAUCGUGGAAUUCUUCAUUUCCAAUGGCGCUGAUGUGAAUGAAGCUGGCGAUGAUGGGAUGAUUCCUCUUCAUGGUGCUGCUAGUAGAGGCCAUCUAGAUAUCAUGGAGUAUCUCAUUGAGUUAGGAUCAGAUGUAAACAAGGCUGAUCCAAAGGGAUGGACACCAUUCAAUGCUGCUAUUCAAUACGGUCAUCUAGAAGCUGUCAAAUAUCUCAUUGAAAAAGGAGCCAAGCAGAACAGGUAUGGUGGAAUGACCCCACUCUAUGCUGCAGCUCAAUACGGUCAUUCAGAUAUCGUUGAAUUCUUGAUUUCUAAUGGCGCUGAUGUGAAUGAAGAAGAUGAUAAUGGGAGGAUUCCUCUCAAUGGAGCUGCUUUUAGCGGUAAUAUGAAGAUCAUGGGAUUUCUCAUUCAACAAGGGUCUGAUGUGAACAAAGGUGACCCAAAUGGCUGGACACCAUUCAACGCUGCCAUUAAAUACGGUCAUCUAGAAGCUGUCAAAUGUCUCUUAGAUAAUGGAGCCAAGCAAAACAGGUAUGAUGGAGCGACCCCUCUCUAUUCUGCAGCUAGAUUCGGUCAUCUAGAUAUCGUGACAUUCUUCGUUUCAAAUGGUGCUGAUGUGAAUGAAGAAGAUGAUAAUGAGAGGAUUCCUCUUCAUGGAGCUGCUGCUCGAGGCCAUGUAGAAGUCAUGGAAUAUCUCAUUCAACAAGGAUCACAUGUUAACAAGGCUGGUCCAAAGGGUUGGACACCAUUCAAUGCUGCUAUUCAAUAUGGUCAUCUAGAAGGUGUCAAAUAUCUCGUAGAAAAAGGAGCCAAGCAGAACAGGUAUUCUGGAAUGACCCCUCUCUAUUUUGCAGCUCAAUACGGCAAUUUCAAUACCGUAGAAUACUUCAUUUCCAAUGGCGCUGAUGUGAACGAAGAAAAUGAUAAUGGAAUGAUUGCUCUUCACGGUGCUGUUAUCAGUGGUAAUAUGAAGAUCAUGGCGUAUCUUAUUCAACAAGGCUCUGGUGUGAACAAGGCUGAUUCAGAGGGAUGGACACCAUUCAAUGCUGCUAUCCAAUACGGUCAGCUAGAAGCUGUCAAUUAUCUCUUAGAUAAAGGGGCCAAGCAGAAUAGACAUGAUGGAAUGACUCCACCGUUUGCAGCUUCAUAUUUUGGCCACUUAGACAUCGUGGAAUUCUUCAUUUCUAACGGAGCUGAUGUGAAUGAAGAAGAUGGUGAUAUGAUGAUUCCAUUACAUGGAGCUGUUAUCAAUGGUGACAUGAAGAUCAUUGAAUAUCUCAUUCAACAAGGCUCUGAUGUGAACAAGGCUGAUUCAGAGGGAUGGACACCAUUCAAUGCUGCUAUUCAAUACGGUCAUCUAGAAGCUGUCAAAUAUCUCAUAGAUAAAGGAGCCAAGCAGAACAGAUAUAGUGGAAUGACUCCACUCUAUAUGGCAGCACAAGCCGGUCAUUUAGAUGUCGUCCAAUUCUUGAUAUCCAAUGAUGCUGAUGUCAAUGAGGUUGAUGACGAAGGGAUGAUUGCUCUCCACGCUGCUUCCUGUAUUGGUAACAUUGAAAUCGUUGAGUAUUUCAUUCAGCAAGGCUCUGAUGUAAACAAGGCGGACAGAAAUGGACUGACACCACUGAAUGCAGCAAUCAUUGAAGGCCAGUUGAAAGUUGUUAAAUUGCUCAUUGCUAAAGGAGCCAAUUUCUUAAGUUAUGAAGGUAUGACUCCACUUUACAUUGCAACACAAUACGACCAUAUCGACGUAGUGAACUUCCUCGUGUCCAAAGGAGUCAGUGUAAACGAAGGGACUAAAGGCGGGAAGUCUCCGCUCCAUGCUGCAUGUUACAAUGGUAACACCGAUAUGGUAGAACACCUACUUCUCAAUAAUGCUGAUGCAAAGCUACAAGAUGAAGAUGGGUGGACGCCACUCCAAGCCGCUGCACAAGAAGGCCACCUACAAGUAGUCAAGUAUCUUUCAGUACGUGGUGCACACAUUAAGGAUAUGGAUAGUAUAACUUCGAUACAGGUGUCGCCAAACACAGCUCAUUCUACUCGUCAAAUACAAGGAAUAUUGAGUACUGACACCUUUGUUCAAAUUGCGUCACGAAAUAAACAACAUAAAGGUCAUCGGACUGCAAUCCAAGCAGAAUCUGCAACACAUGCAGAACAAUCCAAACUACACGUUCAUAAUAUCUAUGAUGACAAUGCUUUCAUCCAAGAGGAAAGGUGUGAUGAACUCUCGUUGAGCACUGGGGUUUAUAGAGCUGAGGGUAGCGUUGAUCAGGAGCAUAAUCCUUUCUCUGGUGCCCAGACGAAAUCUGCUGAAAAAUCUGAACAUGGUUUAUCCCAGGAUGACAUUGACGCAGUACAAAACAGCAUGACUAGGAAACAAUACAACCGAGCCAAUGAUAUAAGCCGCCCUGUCUCGCUCGGACCUCAGAAAUGGCAAUACAGCGGAUUUGCUCCACCAUUCCUACAAACCCUGAACAACUCUAUGACCACUGGGCAGGAUUCAGAAGACCCAUGGUCGAGAUGGCAUCUCCCAACUGAAGAGAUUGGACAAACCAGAAACCCUCCAAGUCUGAUCACUGCAAGAAAUGAUCGUGCCAUUCAUGGAGCUUCGUCAGAGUCAAACAGGUAA